AUGUCGAAUGCCGGUCAAAUCUCACCUCUUCGCCCCGUCACCCGCCAUGUCACCGGCCACGACGCCGCCGGCAAGGCCAUCAUCCAGUCCUCCUCUCCGGGCCAGUGGAAGCCAUUCAAAACCGAUGACAUGGCCUUCGCCGUCAUGUACACCACCUCUCAGUUCCCGGCCGAUCUGAACGAUGACGCCGACGUCAAGGCUCACGAAAAGAUCGUCCAAUCCGACCAGCUCGGCCUGGUCAAUCCUCGAGGCACCGUCUGUCGUAUCGUGGACUUUGGCCCCAACAAUAAGUGUUUCAUCCACCGUACGCAGAGUCUGGACUAUGGAAUCGUGCUGGAGGGCGAAAUUGAGAUGGUUAUGGAGAAGGGAGAACCCGUUCUGAUGCAGCGGGGAGAUGUCGCGGUGCAGCGCGCUACGAUGCACGGUUGGCGAAACCCCAGCGAAACGGAGUGGGCGCGGAUGGCGUUCGUUCUGCAGGACUGCCAGCCGUUGACGGUGGGCGGCAGUGCGAUGAAGGAGGAAUUGGGCACCGCGGCCGGCUUUUUGAGGCCGAGUGGGAACGACCAGUAG